AUGCCCACAUUAGACACCAACACCGAUUGUACCCACCAGCUGUUGCCAACGGAUCCCCUACUUCGAGAUGCACUGUCACACCUACCGACCUUGUUGUGUCCUGCAGAAGCCGCCAAAACCAUGACAAGUAUAUUGUGGAAUUGCGUGAAGCUGAACAAUACUAUUGGCAGAUAUGGUCGACAUACCAAGCAGAUCUGGGCCACGACAAAAGUCGAAAAUAUGAGGCAGUACCUGGACGAUAUCGCACAACACGAGUAUGAAGAGGCCGUUCGUAUUGUGAAAAGAGACAACGCGUUCUCCGCCGGUAAAGAUAUGCAGACUCGAUAUAAUGAGACUGUAUACUGGGAAAUUAUUUCCAAAGGAGCCAAGUUGGUCGACCCUGCGACGUUGCCCGCAUCCAAAGGACCUUUAGAUGGGUUUACCAUGGCCGAAAAGGCUGCGACGAAAGUGUUCAUGCUGGAAGCAGGGUUUGGCACGGGAACAGAGAAUCAGCGGCGAUGUCGAAAUCUCUGGAAGAAGCUAUCUGAGAUACGCAAAGCUGGUGUUGGCAAGAUUCUCCUAUACCGAACGAAUGAGUUUGACACUUACUGCAAACGUUUCGCCAACGAGGCUGCUUCUUUGACUGAUGUUGUUAUGUCAUGGGAAAAAGUUUAUGGGCCCCUCUUAGAGCAGCUGGAAACUCGAAUGAUGAAGCUAAGCGCAGGAGAUUUUACCGGUGUAUCCGAUUUCUUGCAACCGUUUGUGGCAGAAAGACUGGGCAUUAAAGAAGCCUCAUGGAAUAAUGCGUUCAAUGAGUGGCACUUCGAUGAGGAAGCAGCCGCAUUUGGACUUGUAUGUAACCCGACAGUUACAUCAGAUGAUCCAUUUUGGUGUAUCUCCGAUCAGCACAUCAUGUCUGAAAGUGGUAGAAACAAAUCAAUCUUUAUGUUUCUUUUCCCAAGAAAUGAUAGAUAUUUAUCUGUGUGCCCUAUUGUACCCGUAAAUCAGGGGGACAUUCUCGGCUUGUUUGCUGGGACGAUUCGAUUCUCCGACGAUUUCGACCGUCUUUACGGAAUUCGAGGGCCAUUCGAGAAGUUGUGGUUAGACUAUUCGCAGGUUACCGGAACCCUGAAUCAGAUGAAAGUUUCGCAACACAGCGAGGAAGCGAAUGUGCAGCUUCAUUGGGAACCUGUUAAGAAGCAGGAGGAUAAAGCCACACAUGUCUCUUGGAUCGUUUCGGUAAGAGCAUUAAAAGCUAUUAUGCCAUUCGAGGAGAUCCUCCGAGAGGCGCCUCAAAAAGAGCAAUACCUUUUGCAUCAGUCGGAGAAAUUUGCCAGACAAGGUUUCACGAAGAGUAAGGCAAAUUAUGGGCGAAAUGCAUUAUAG